AUGGGGAAGAAGAAAAGAAACAAUAGCAACUGCGCAGCACCACCGACACCGCCCGUCGUGGGUGUCGCAACAGCAGACUCGCCCCCCGCACAGGCCUCACCCGCACAGGAAGCCGUCUUCGCCACCACAGAGCUCUUCGACGACAUCUUGCUCAGACUACCGAUUGAGCUCAUACUCACGGCUGCUCAGCGAGUCAGCAAAACAUGGCAGCGCCGAAUCGAGACCUCGCGCCCGCUCCAGCGCCACCUCUUCCUCCUGCCGGAUACCAGCAAGACGCUCCAGGAGACGCGAGGCGACUGCAUCAUCAACCCUCUACUCUAUAAGCAUUUCGGUCCCAUGCUUGGCCGAACAGAGGUGCAGGGCGGCGGCACAAGCUCUGCCGAUUCUCAGCCUCGUGUCGGGCGCCAUGGGACGGGCUACACGAGCAUCAAAGCGAUGCAGGACAUGCACCUGAGCAUAGCGGACAUGAGCGGCGGCCGGGUUCGGCACAAGCACUUCGCCUGUGCCAGUGCCACCUGGCGCAGGAUGCUCGUCUCGCAGCCGCCGCCGCGAAGCGUGGGAUACAUAGAGUAUGCGGAGAAUGGACAGUCUCAGCGGUACGGGGAUGCGCCGUUCGAUGUCGUGACAAUCCCCGAUGGCCUCCGGAUGGGGGUGUUAUGGGAUACGAUCUACCGCACACUCUGGACCCCUUACGGGAAGGACGUGGAACGGCGGCUGGCGUUUGUGUCAUGGCGCAUCCCCCCGGACCUGGAUAGCGGAGAAAAGAAGACGGAUACGUGGACAUCAGGAGCACUGCCGGCACGGCUCAGAUCGCGAGAUGUUGAUGUUGAGAUGAUAGUCGGGCAUGGUGAAGCGAUUGUGGACGAGCAGCAAUGCCACCUGUAUCAUAACCACUCGAUCAAGGGUGGGAAGUACAAGUGCCGGGACGAGUAUCAUCGAUUUGUUCAUGGGAGGACGCGGGGGAGCACAUCCUGGGUGUUUCGGAGCGAGGAUUAUAGUGAGGAGCGAACACUAGCAAAGAUUGACGUGGAUUGUACACGGGAGAGAUAUUGA